AUGAUGAAAGAAUAUAGAAAAGAAAGAUUACAAGAUCAACAAAGACCACAAACACAAAGGCUAGAACAAAGACACCGAGAACAAGAUCUACAAUAUUGCGUUAGGCAUCAAGAUUUAGAAAAAGAAACCACAGCUCAUGAUCAAGAACAAGAACAAAGAAAUAUACGUCGUCAAGAAUACUUUAGAGUCAUAUAUGGUGAUCAAUCGACGAAUAAAUCAAUCUCAAAGGAAGAAAAGAUGGUCGUAAGACAAAGGUUGAAACUUCAAUUCAAAAGACAACUACAACAACAACAACAAGAAAAACAAAGACAAAGACAACCUAUUGAUCAACAGGUAUUUAAAACAGUAUGGAAUAAUACUUUUCUAAUAAGAUUGAUUUAUUCAAAGACGAUACCAAUAUCAUCUGAUACUUUGGUAGAAUUCAAGAAUCAUUUUACAGGUACCUUGCAACAAUACAAAAAGGAUCCCAAUUUGUUCGUAGACAAGUAUGGACCAUUCGAGUUUUAUGAAUGUCCAGUCAUCACUGCCAAACUCUUUGCACACCACUAUCAACACGUUCAUAAACAGAGAAUGAUGGAUUAUGAUCGGUGGCUUAGUGUGCUUGACCUAGUCUCUGGUAACCCUCGUAAUAUGGUCGAUACGUGGCUAUUUCGAAAGGCAUACGAAUACUUGAAUCGAACAGAUGCUCAAGAGGUAUCUGACAAUAACUAUAGAUUUGAAAAAACAUGGGAGAAUGUAAUCAGAUCAAACAAUGUAGAGUUGUACAACUAUACCAAAACCAUUUUACCAAUACCCAAUAUGUUAAAAUUGAUCGUUAUUGCCAUUGAACCACCUCGUCAAUGGUAUAAUUAUCUAUGUCCACCAGGUACAAAAUUAUUAAAGGCACUUUUAAAAGACUUGGAAUCAGUCGAUCCACAAGAUACAUGGUGGCUAAUCAAAGCAUACCCUAUAGAAAAUUGGUGGUUAAAUAUUUAUAAAAGUUUAAUAGAAAUUGGAUCAAUUACAAUUCUACAAACUAUACAUAAAUAUAUAUCAGAUGGGAUUUUUGAUUUUAAUAGUACAUUUAAAAAAUCAUUAAUGAUUCUAGCCAUUCAAAGUAAACAAAUUGAAUCAAUUCAAUUUCUAUACAAUGUAUGCAAGAUUCCGAUUAGUGAAAAGGAGUUUAUGAUAGAGGCCGCUCGUACCAAUGAUCUCUCAUUCCUAAUUAAAUUGAAUAAUAUUGACACUAAAGCUGGUCAUCUUUAUAUUCUCUUUCUACAUGUUAUGAGUUCAACAUAUAGUCAUGGCUUUAAACAAGAAUUUUAUAGACUUGGUAAACAACUAAACUAUAUUGACAAGAAUCUUCAACAAUUAAUAGACACCAAACAGCCAUUUAAAUAUCAAAUCAAAAAUACUCAAUACUUUAAAUUAUUUCAACAAUACAAUUCUGAUGAUGAUUCAUCGUCUAUUCCAAGGUUAUCAUUUUCAUCAUUUAAUGAUGUUUAA